AUGGCACGACCUCUGAAGCUGGCAGUGAUCGGAGCCGGGGUUGCCGGCCUAACCACGGCCUGCGAACUGAAAUCAGAAGGCCAUCAAGUGGUGGUCUAUGAAAAAGCAGACCAAAUUGGUGGGAUGUGGGUGUACAAUCCUGAAGUCGAGACCGACCCUCUAGGCCUUGAUCCUGGCAGAAAAAUUGUUCACAGCAGUCUAUACCAUUCACUCAAGACAAACCUCCCAAGACCGCUUAUGAGAUUUUGGGAUUACCCCUUCACUGUCAAGAAUAAAGACGGCGUGCUAAUGGAUUUUCCUGGCCAUGAAGAGGUGCUGCAGUUCUUGAAUAAUUUUGCAGAAGAUUUCGGGCUGGUCGAGUUAAUUCGGCUGAAUACAGAAGUAGUCCGAGUCGAGCAGGAGAAUGAUGAUCAGUGGGUGGUUGAGUCGAGAUCAAAUGGUGGGUUGAUUUCAGAAGAGCCAUUCGAAGCCGUUGUGGUUUGUAAUGGACAUAACACUCAACCAAGAGUGGCAGAACUUCCAGGAAUCAAUAACUGGAAGGGGAAACAAAUUCACUGCCACAAUUAUCGAGUUCCUGAGCCAUUUAGAGAUCAGGUUGUGGUUAUUAUUGGAGGCGCAGCUAGUGCCAAUGAUAUCUCCCUAGAAAUUGUGGAGGUAGCCAAAGAAGUACAUCUCUCUUCCAGGUCCCAAGAAAUUGAAGUCAAAAAAUGGGACAUGUAUGACAACCUAUGGCAGCACUCAAAAGUCACAAAUUGCCAUGAAAAUGGUGAAAUAGCUUUUGAGGAUGGAGCUCUGGUCACAGCAGAUAUCAUUCUCCACUGCACUGGGUACAAGUAUAAUUUGCCUUUCUUGAAAACAAAUGGAGUAAUAACUAUUGAUGAUGACAAUCGCGUUGGACCGUUGUACAAGCAUGUUUUCCCUCCACAACUUGCUCCUAGGCUUUCUUUUGUUGGAAUACCUCGCGUGGCAAUCAAUUUUGUCAUGAUUGAUUUACAAGCCAAGUGGGUGGCUUCUGUUUUAUCUGGUAAGGUGAGCUUGCCAUCAGAAGAAGAUAUGUCAGCUGAUCUUGAACAAUGUUACCGGCUUUUGGAGGAGAAGGGAAUCCCAAAACACCACACUCAUUCACUUGACCUUAAUAUGCAUGAAUACUUGGACUGGGUAGCUGCUCAAGUAGGACUACCGCCCGUGGAUAAGCGGCAAAAAGAAAUAUUCUACAAGAUUAGAGAAAUUCUUCCCACUUCUUGGAUUGGAUUUAGGGAAAUGCUCCUUAAACAACUGCCAUGGAUCAGCCGUAUUUCGUAG